GAUUGACGAAGAUGACUUCGACCAGCUAUGGGCAAGAACUUCCGGACCAAUUCUCCGUCAUCUCAACUGCCCUGUCUGCGCAUAUCGCCUUGGUACAUGACACCUCGACCUUCUUUUCGGAGAGGGCAAUGCUCGAGAGGGAAUAUGCCAACAAGCUUCGAGCUCUCACUCACAAGUACCGCACUCAAAGGGACAAGAGGGUUAUGGAGUGUACCGUGGGACCUGACCCGAGCAAGCAGUGGAGUCCCGAGGUAGUGAAUCGGAGCUCAUUCCAAUUUUAUGUCACCUCGGCCAUUGCGGCUUCGGAAAGUGUGUCAGCUGACCACACCGCAUUGGCAGGACAGCUGGAGAAGGUGGCAGCAGAUACCGAAAAGGGAGAGAAGAAGGCCGAAGAAAUGCGCAAGAAGCAUCAUGCCUUUUAUCAGAAGGUCAUCGCCGAUCGCGAGAAAGUAUACAGUGACAGGGCCAAGGCAAAGUCCAAAUACGAUGAGCACUGCAAAGAAGUCGAGCAACAGCGUCACAAGAGGGAGAAGGCCGAGUCAAGCGGCACAAAUUCAGAUCGGGCACGCAAAGGCUACGAUGCAUCGGAGCAAGAGAUGCUCAAUGCAAAGAAUGCUUACCUCGUAUCGAUUGCUGCGCAGAAUCGAGCAAAGGAGCGCUUCUUUGGUACCGACAUGCCUCGAUUACAGGACGAUCUCCAAGUCCUCUGGGAUCUUGUAGAUCGUCAGCUUGUCGCACACGUGAAAAAGAUAUCGGCCCAAUUAGCUGAGCACAGCGAGAAGAUUUCUACCAAACAAAGACGUAUGGAAGCAGAUGCUGCAAAGGUGGUCGUCGAGGCUGAUCAAGUAGUUUACACCGAAUAUAACGUCAGGCGGUUUGACAUGCCCGCCGAUGUCAGCUUCGAACCAUGCGUGGGCUUCUUCGACACGCCCGAGAUGUCAGUGGAGGACGCUUCGAAAGUGCCGCUGCAGAAUAUGAUUAUCCGCAAAGAGAAGAAGAUUUCCGAAGUUCGGCCAAUUGUGGCUUCGAAGAUCAAGGAAAUAGAAGGCCUGGAGCGGCUACGUGUCGCCUACACCGACAACCCGUCUCUCGGUGAUCCAGAGGAAAUCACGGACAAUCUCCUAGAUUCGACUCGUAACGUUAUUGUGCUCGAGGCCGAAUUGAGUAUCCUCCAGGCGGAGAUAGCCUCAAUCGCGGAAGCCUUUGGCGGUGAUCUGGGUGAGGCUAGUCCUCAUCAAUUCAAAGCUCACAACUUUACAAUACCCGCGACUUGCAACUUCUGUGACAACAAGAUCUUUGGUAUGUCGAGACAGGGCUUUGUAUGUAAGCCUUGUGGCUUUACGUGCCAUGCCAAAUGCGAGCCCAAGGUCCCAGCCGACUGUCGCGCCUCGCCAGCUCAGCGCCUCAAAGCCAGCACGGUAGAAGCGAGCAGCAGACGACAGUCCAUGACCUCGGUCAGUCAAUCCAGUACCUCUCGCCGUACGUCAAUGGUCACCGGAGCGACGACGCCAUCAGAGGCUAGUUCCUCUGAAGCUGCCCCUGCGCGGUCCAACGGUCGAACGAUGCCUCCGGCAGCGGGAGCACGUAGGACUGGCCCGCCGCCUGUACAGCGGAGCACAAAGCCCUCUGCGACCAGCAGUCAGCACCCUUUGGCGACGGCCAUGUACAACUACGAGGCCACUUCUGCUCAAGAGCUCAGCAUCAGCGAUGGCGAGCAUCUGACAAUCAUAGAGGAGGACAAUGACUCCUCGGGCUGGGUCAAGGCAAGAGACGAGCAUGGAUCUGAGGGCCUUGUCCCCGCCUCGUACGUGAGCAUCACUGCCGCUCCCUCAGCUGCAGCCUCUCGCCCAUCUGCUGGCAGGCGAGCUCCUCCGCCUAGGCCCGGCGCCGGAAGCGCUGCCAGCGCCCAAGGAGUAGGUCGCUUUGUGCGAGCGGUAUACGACUAUGCGGCUCAGGAGGAUAAUGAGUUGACUCUUUUGGAGGGUGAAAAGGUGGAGCUCACCUCUACUGGAUACGACUUUGGGGCGGGGUGGUGUGAAGGAGUCAAGGCGGGCAAGGUGGGCGUGUUCCCCGCCAAUUACGUACAGGACAUCUGAGGCGGGGAAGCCAAGAGAGUACUACAGUGCUGUAAUCUGUUUGCUUCUCUCCCUGCCUGUAAGUGGCCGUGAGUGGACUAGCAAUACUAGGAACAGUUGCCAGCUUGUUCACCG